AUGACUGUUGAGAAAGCUGAACCAAUUGGCCGAAGAUUCAUGGCCCAGGCCAUUGAUCAUGUUGCUGAGUUGGAUCCAAACAGACGCUUUUGCAUUAUACCAAAGGGAUCCGACUAUCCAGACGGCUUUUCCGACCUCACAUUCGAACGGCUAGCCCAUGCGCCGCAACUAACAUCUGUUCGGAACUCUCAUGCAGCUCAAGUUCGCCUUCUUGAAAUGACAGGUUGCACGAAAGUUGCUUAUAGUGUUGAGAGGAAACAGGCAGUGGACAAGAUACAGGAGCUCUUCCCAGGAUUGCAAAGCGUCCAGAUUCCUUCUCUGUAUGAGAUGUUUGAAGGCAACCCCAGUCCAUACCCAUUCUCGAAACACUUCGACGAUGUCAAAAACGAAGUAGCAUUUAUUGGACAUAGUUCAGGUACAACUGGUUUUCCGAAGCCAAUUCGACUCACUUAUGGUUUCUUUGCUGCUCUAGAUCAUGGUGCUUAUGUACCUAUACCGCCAGACAGGACAGCGGGUGUUCCAGAUCGGCUUAACCCCAGUGAUCUCAUCUUGGCUACAACUCCUUUCUUCCACUUGAUGGGCUUUACAGUAUUUGUAAUGGCUGCAUUUCACAAAAUACCAUGUGUUAUCUUACCUGACCGGCCCGUGUCCAACGAGUCUUUAUCCUCGGUGAUUGAUUCUCUCAAGCCAACUGCUGCACUAGUUGCCCCUUGCAUUCUCGAGGAUAUGUCUACGUCUCCCAAAGCCAUGGAAGCGCUUUCAACUCUAAGACACGUAUACUAUGGGGGCGGCCCGCUUGCAUCCGAGAUUGGCAAUAAGAUCUGCCAGCGAACCAAACUAAUCAACUUUAUUGGGAUGACCGAAGCUGGAUAUGUUUUGUCUUUGGUUCCCCAGGAAAAGGAAGACUGGUCUUACUUUGAGUGGAGCUCAUCAUUUGGGAUUAAAAUGGAGCCAAUAGAUGAUGGCAGGUCUGAAAUGGUCAUACACAGAAAUGAGAAUCCGGACCUCCAGCCCAUUUUCAAUACUUUCCCUGAACUAGAUGAAUAUCGCACAAAGGAUGUUUACACUCCACAUCCAACAAAACCGGGACUCUGGAAAUUCCACGGCCGGAUUGAUGAUGUGAUCGUACUUAGCAAUGGCCAGAAAUUCAACCCUGUUACCAUGGAGAAAGUCAUCGAGGGCCAUCCGUUAGUUUCACGCGCUGUUGUUGUUGGAUUAGCAAGGUUCCAAACAGCGUUGAUAGUGGAACCUAACUGGAACCUUUGGGAUGAAAGCAGCCCCAGAAAUCAAUUUGUUGAUGAAAUCUGGCCUACAGUACGAGAAGCAAACACCAUUAGUCCAGCUUAUGGACGGGUUAUGAAGAACAGGAUAGGCCUAGCAUCUCGCAGCAAACCUUUUAAAACCACGCCAAAGGGAAGUACGCAGAGGCGCCUUGUAACUGAUAGCUACAAGGAAGAAAUUGAUAAGCUGUACACGAAUCCGGCAGAUCAAGCGUUUGACUAUGCGUUCCCUGAGUCGGCUGAUCUAGGCAGUGUCACGGAAUCAGUGCGGGAGAUUAUAUGCGACUCCAUUGGCCUACCCACAAUUGCGGAUGAGACAGAUCUUUACAGCGUGGGAUUUGAUUCUUUGCAAACCUUUCAGUUAAGUAUCAUUCUCAAUAGAACGGGGUUCACUACCUUAACGCCUCAGAUGAUAUAUGCACACCCCACUGUUGGAAAGCUGUCCAACUUUUUAUUUGCGCUUCUUAAUGGCGUCGAAAGCAACGGCAUUUGUCGCUUAGAGAAUGUCAACUCGCUUCUUAGCAAGUAUACAGCUGGUCUCCCAGACCUCGAAGCCACCAAGACCCAUUCCGUGAUAUUGACUGGAUCCACAGGCUCUCUUGGUACUUAUCUACUACAUCGUCUUCUAAGCGAUAACAGGAUUGCCAAAGUAUACUGUUUGAACCGAUCAGACGUAGGGGAACGGCAAACUGAGAGCUUUAAACAUAAGGGACUAAAAACCGAGCUUCUGGAAAAGGCCGAAUUUCUUACUGCUUCACUAAGCAAAGAGCGACUUGGUCUGGAAAAGGAGAAAUACGACGAACUAAUCUACACGGUAGAUACGGUUAUCCACAAUUCUUGGAGAAUGGACUUCAACAUUUCCCUGUAUUCGUUUGAGGAUCAAAUACAAAGUGUUCGCCGGCUCAUUGACUUCAGCUUGCACAGCGUACGCCGCGCUCAUUUCUACUUCAACUCCUCAAUUGGAGCAAUUGGAGGUUGGACACUUGCUAAUGGGCCGUCGGUACCCGAGGAAUUGUUUGAAAAUUGCGAAGUAACGCUCAAUCAAGGAUACGGACAAGCUAAGCAUGUUUGUGAACGUAUCUGUCACGCAGCAUCUCGAGCUGGUGUUCCAAUAACUAUUCUUCGCCUAGGCCAGAUUGCAGGCCCAACUACUGAGGAAGGUGCCUGGAAUUCAACAGAAUGGCUACCAUCCAUUGUUGCAACAUCGAAAUCUAUCGCAAAGAUUCCCAAAACUUUGGGAUCUAUGCCUGUAGAUUGGAUCCCGGUGGAUACUCUUGCUACUAUCAUAAUAGAGAUUGUUGAAUCCCGUCGAAUGACAGAGGCUGAGUCACGGUGCUCCGUCUUCCACUUGGUCAACCCCCUGACUACUCCAUGGGAAUCUUUAUUGACACCUCUUCACGAACGUUAUGCAGUUCAGCGAGUUUCUAUGGAAGAGUGGAUAGCAGAACUGGAGAAGAUUCAGAAUCCCUCAGAUCAGGAUAUGUUGGAGAAACCCGCGUUAAAGCUACUCCCAUUCUACAAAAGCUUGGUAGAGGGAGAGGGUGCUCUGUCUGUACCAAUCUGUGUGAGGAGGGCCAGAGAGGCAAGCAAAACCAUGCAAUCGAUGGGGCCGAUUUCAGCAAACUUGAUGGCCACAUGGAUAAAUCAAUGGCAGUUUUAG